UUUUAAAAACCGUCAGCGUUGGAGGAGGAGAAAAAGAAGAGAAGCUCCAUCCUUCUCCCUGAAAGGGAGGAGGAGGAGGGGAAAGUGGUAACACUGAGGAGGAGGGGAGCAACAUUUGGGAAACUUGGAUGGAAGCGAGGAGGAGGAGGAGGAGGAAGGGAGAACUUUUACAACACGUAUAGUGUGAAGAGAGCUGAAGUAAUGAGAAGUCAUCAUGGAAGCCCAGUCCCAUAGCUCUACUGCGGGUGAGAAGAAAAAAGUUGAGAAUCCCAUAGUGAAAUGCUCAACUCGAACAGAUGUCAGUGAGAAAGCUGUUGCCUCUAGCACAACAUCCAAUGAGGAUGAAAGUCCUGGACAGACCUAUCACAGAGAGAGAAGAAACGCAAUCACAAUGCAACCACAGGGUGGGCAAGGCCUCAGUAAAAUCAGUGAAGAGCCUUCGACAUCUAGCGAGGAAAGGGCCUCAUUAAUCAAGAAGGAGAUCCAUGGAUCUAUAUCUCACCUUCCUGAGCCAUCAUUACCUUACCGUGGGACAGUCUUUGCCAUGGAUCCCAGAAAUGGUUAUAUGGAUCCUCCUUACCAUUCAGCCCCUGCUUUGAAUUCCAUAAAGUAUUAUCCACCUCACCUUUUCCCAGCAUUCCAUCCUCCUGUACCAAUUGAUGCAAGACAUCAUGAGGGACGUUAUCAUUAUGAACCAUCUCCUAUUCCUCCGUUACAUGUGCCUUCUGCUCUGUCAAGUAGCCCAACAUAUUCAGAUUUACCAUUCAUCAGAAUAUCCCCACACAGGAAUCCUGCUGCAUCAGAAUCUCCUUUCAGCCCACCUCAUCCAUACAUUAACCCUUACAUGGACUAUAUCCGAUCUUUGCACAGCAGUCCUUCUCUGUCUAUGAUCUCAGCAGCUCGAGGACUGAGCCCUACAGAUGUGCCACAUGCUGGAGUUAGUCCAGCAGAAUAUUAUCAUCAGAUGGCUCUGUUGGCAGGCCAGCGCAGCCCAUAUGCAGACAUCAUUCCUUCAGCAGCCACAGCAGGAGCUGGGGCCCUUCAUAUGGAGUAUCUCCAUGCUAUGGACAGCGCCAGGUUUCCGAGUCCUAGGCUGCCAACGAGACCAAGCCGAAAGCGAACACUGUCCCUAUCGCCUCUGUCUGAUCAUAGCUUUGACCUUCAGACCAUGAUCCGGACAUCUCCGAACUCCUUAGUCACAAUUCUCAACAAUUCCCGUAGCAGUUCUUCAGCAAGUGGCUCCUAUGGCCAUUUAUCUGCAAGUGCAAUAAGCCCAGCUCUGAGUUUCACAUACCCUCCCACACCAGUAUCCCUCCAGCAGAUGCACCAACAAAUCAUCAGUCGCCAGCAAAGUUUGGGCUCAGCCUUUGGUCACAGUCCUCCACUCAUCCAUCCUGCUCCAACCUUUCCUACCCAGAGGCCUAUUCCUGGCAUUCCUAGCAUCUUGAAUCCUGUCCAGAUGAGUUCGGGUCCAUCGGAGUCUACACAGCAGAGCAAACCCACAAGUGAAUCUGCGGUGAGCAGCACAGGGGACCCGAUGCAUAACAAACGUUCAAAGAUAAAACCUGAUGAUGACCUCCCCAGCCCAGGUGCAGGAAACAUGCAGGAACCACCCGAAGGAAUGACCUUAGUAAAAGAAGAAGGGGACAAAGAUGAAAGCAAGCAAGAGCCUGAAGUGGUCUACGAGACAAACUGCCAUUGGGAAGGCUGUUCACGAGAGUUCGACACACAGGAACAGCUAGUGCAUAACUAGAAUUGCUUCUAUAUUCAGGGUGAGAGAGAGAGAUUCAGUAAAAUGUGGCAGAACUGCAGUUAACAACAAAAACCAACACAAGUACCCUAUAUCUUAGUAGAUGCUUUGAGGAGGCACACAGGAGAAAAGCCACAUAAAUGCACUUUUGAAGGUUGUACAAAGGCCUACUCGAGGCUGGAAAACUUGAAAACCCACUUGAGAUCUCACACUGGAGAGAAACCAUAUGUCUGCGAGCAUGAGGGCUGCAACAAAGCAUUUUCCAACGCAUCUGAUCGUGCCAAGCACCAAAACAGAACUCAUUCCAAUGAGAAACCCUAUGUCUGCAAAAUACCAGGCUGCACAAAGCGCUACACAGAUCCUAGUUCUCUUCGAAAGCACGUGAAGACUGUGCAUGGCCCUGAGGCACAUGUCACCAAGAAGCAGCGUGGAGACAUCCAUCCAAGGCAUCCCCCACCAAAAGACCAAGGCAGCCAUUCUCAAAGCAGAUCCCCAGGCCAUCAGACUCAGGGUGCAAUUGGUGAGCAAAAAGACCUCAGCAACACUACCUCAAAGCGUGAAGAAUGCCUCCAGGUCAAAGCUGUCAAGUCAGAGAAGCCAAUGACAUCUCAGCCAAGCCCUGGUGGUCAGUCUACAUGCAGCAGCGAACAGUCCCCCAUCAGCAACUAUUCCAACAAUGGGAUCGAGCUUAAUCUGACCAGUAGAGGUAGUGUAGGAGACCUCAGUGUCAUAGAUGAAACCCCUAUCAUGGACUCUACCAUUUCAACAGCAACCACAGCACUUGGCUUACAGGCCAGGAGGAAUAUGACAGCGACCAAAUGGAUGGAGCAAGUCAAGCUAGAAAGGCUGAAACAAAUCAACGGCGUGCUUCCAAGACUGAACCCCAUGCCACCUUCCAAAGCCCCAGCCUUGCCACUUCUCAUAGGAAAUGGUACUCAAUCAAACACCAGCUGUAGCACUGGAGGAAACAUGGCUAUCCUGACCCACAAAAAUGAACUCACAAACAUGGACAUCACUGUGCUAAACAUGCUGAACAGAAGGGACAGCAAUACCAGCACUAUCAGCUCAGCUUACAUGAGCAGCAGUCGUAGGUCCUCUGGGAUUUCACCUUGCUUCUCUAGUCGGAGAUCCAGCGAUGCUUCCCAGGGUGAGGGAAGGCUCCAGAAUGUCAGUGUGGCUGACUCCUAUGAUCCCAUUUCAACCGAUGCCUCAAGACGAUCCAGUGAAGUCAGCCAGUGUGACGGCUUACCAGGUCUUCUCAGCCUUACCCCUGCCCAACAGUAUAGGUUGAAAGCAAAAUAUGCAGCAGCUACUGGUGGACCUCCACCAACACCACUGCCUAAUAUGGAGAGGAUGAGCUUGAAAACAAGAAUGGCACUGUUGGGUGACUGCAAGGAAUCUGGAAUGUCACCACUGCCCCCAGUUAAUUCUCCUCGAAGAUGUAGUGAUGGUGGGACAAAUGGUUACAGCAGAAGACACUUACUGCCUCAUGAUGUGUUAGGGACUGGUACACGGAGAGCCAGUGAUCCCGUGAGACCAGUCUCUGAUAACCUUUCUUUUCCCAGAGUACAGCGUUUCAACAGCCUCAAUAGCUUUAAUACUCCCACUUUGCAUCCCUCCAUGGAAAAGCGCAACUUCAUCCUUCAAAACUACACCCGCUCUGAUGGUGGCUUGUUUCGCAACUUCUGUUCACCUUGCCCUCCAAGCAUCGCUGAGAAUGUGGCUAUGGAGGCUGCCACCAUGGAAGCAGAUGGCAGUUUGAAUGAUGAAGAUCUUCUGCCAGAUGAUGUUGUUCAGUAUCUGAAUUCUCAGAAUCAAGUAUACAGCCAACUGCCAAAUAGUGGAUUAGAUAACAACAAAGGGCAUCACAGUUCACUAAUGGGGAACAACAACAGUUUUGAGCAUGCCCCUCCAUUAAACAACUCUGAGGUCAGUAAAAAUGAUCUGCCAAUUCAGUGGAAUGAAGUAAGCUCAGGAAGUUCUGACUUGUCUCCAUCAAGAUUAAAAUGUGGGCAACGAUCCCUAAUUCAGCAAAAUCAAAUGCCUGGGCUGUAUAACAAUGUAGUUGUCCAACCACAGCACAAUGGGCUGCAAAGAAAUGUUGUGACCCAACAAAGUGGCUACCAGAAUCUUUUAGAUAGCAAUGGCUCUUGCAGUUUACAACAGAACAUGGUCAUGAAUAACAGUGACACCAGUCGUUCUUACCACUUUCAGUCUAGUAAGGUACAGCUAUAUGGUGAAAGCACUGGCAGACAACCAAUGGACCAUACCUCUGAAAUGGUGAUUCAAAGGCAAAAGGUGAGAAACAAUUUUAUGUUAGCUAAUGGGAGCGAGCACAAUUUAGGCUGCUCUAUGUCAUCAGAUGAACAAUCUGCCAGUAUAAUGAAUAAGAUGCAGAGCAGGAAUAUGGUUCUCCAGGAAUACCUAUCUAAUCAAUCAGCAGAUGAAGUCCGUAACUACCAAGAAGUAGACCAUUCCAAUAAAACAAUGAUAGAGCAGAUUACUGCUCCCUCACAACACAGCCUUUAUCAAGGGUCACAGAGUUGUCUGCCACUAUCUGAAAAUGUUAGGACCCAGCCUUUAGGUCUGAUGAUGGGAAAAGGUUACCAGCCCUGUGCCAGCUACUGUGGUGGCAGAUUGCAAAACACAGUGAGGAAUAAUUCAGCACAACAAGGACAUGGUAGAGAUGCCAACCAGCCACACAGAGUCAAUGGCAUCAAAGUAGAGUCUCAAAGUCAGUCACAACAGUUCUGCUCUAAUAUGCAGAAUUACUCUGGUCAGUUGUAUGACCAAACCACAGGGUUUAGCCAGCAAGCUUUGAAAAUGGGGGCUUUCCCCCUUUCAGAAGCCAACUACCUGAUUCAGGGGACUGGUGAUGCAAAUUCAUCCGAGCUUCUCUCUCCGGGGGCCAACCAAGUGACAAGCACUGUUGACAGCAUUGACACCAGCAGCCUUGAAGGUGUGCAGAUUGAUUUUGAUGCUAUCAUAGAUGAUGGUGACCAUGCCAGCUUAAUUUCAGGAGCCCUAAGUCCCAGCAUCAUCCAGAAUCUCUCCCGCAAUUCCUCCCGUCUCACCACUCCCCGAGCGUCUCUUACAUUCCCAGCUAUGCCCAUAAGCACAACCAACAUGGCUAUUGGGGACAUGAAUUCUUUGUUAACCUCACUUGCUGAAGAAAGCAAGUUUCUUGCUGUUAUGCAAUAGGUAUGAACAACGUAGGAGAUGAAAGAUUUUUUAAAAGUCAGUUUUGUUUUGUUUUGUUUUUUAUAGUUAUUUUAAGUACUUUAGCAGUCUCAUCUCACCUAAAUGGGAUGUGUUUCAAGUAUAUUCCUUUUAUGGAAUAAAGACUCUGAAAAACCCUAAAGUGUUCUAGGGAGAAACUGUCUUCCGUUUCAGUUUUGAAUCAGUAUUGUUACACUUGCAAUUCCUUCUUUAUUUUUAAUGUUUGUAUGACUCUUCUUUGUGUUUAUUUUUUUAUUGUAAACCAAUGUAAAUUUGUGAUGUGCAUGUGGCUUCAUUUUUGAAGAAGGUCUGAUGAAAUGUUACAACUUCCUGCUACUCGAAAGGAAAUGGAAUCUUGUAUAGUUGUUGCCAGGGUUCUUACAUAUCCAGUUUCUAAUGUGUAUGCAGAGCAUUACUAGAUAUCGAGCUGAAAUUUGGGGUUCCAUCCACUUAGCAAAGCUCCUAUGCAAAUCCAUUUGAAAAGAAUUAUUUGAAUCAAUGUAAACCAUUUAUGAUGGGGCUGGGGUUAAUGCCUUGAGAAUUCUUCCUACACGGUCUGUCUACCACAAAUUUUAUAAGUGCUGUUCAAGAGCAAGCAGUUACUGAAGAAUAUUGUCCUGACAGGUUGGUCUUUGUCAUUCCCCUAAGUUAGCGGUACAAGGCUUGUGCCUCCCAGGCCACAUGUGUGGCCCUCCAAGGGACCCCUGCCUCCCCCUCAUGUCAGUUCCCAGAGGUUGAAAACAUUUUUGCAAAACGUUAAUGAAUUAGGUGGUUAAAAAAAAAUGUGUUACCCAUGAGUAGCACAUAAGAUUACCCACUAGUAGCACGUUGCUAAUGCAUUACUUGUAAAGGUUUUUUAUCACUUCAAAAUAAGAAAUGCCCCCAAAUCUCUCAAAAUAUUACAUAUUUUCCCUAAAUCCUAACAACAGCAAUUCUUAAAUAAUUCUUCAGGGUACUCUUGAUGCUUCCCUGUUAUCCCCCCCCCCGAAAUAAUGCACAGUUGUAGGUGAUGUAUUGCUUCCAAGCUCUGCACAUCUAUUAUUUACCCUUGCCUAUUUUCCACCUCGCUAGUAGUGAGGUGAGAACAAUCUGUAUCAGAAUCACCAAAGGAGAGGGACUCCUCAAUGAGGAAAAAGGGAAAAAAAGAGCUCCACAUAUAUUGUGUGCACACCUGCUCAUGUGUACCCGAAACCCAACAAGUGCAGCUUCCAGGGUUGACAAGGUUGUGCUCCCUGCUCUGUAUGAACUGAGAGUGUACCUGAAAGCACAGUGGCUUCAUAUUGUAGAGGGCGGGGGGUUGGCAAUAAUAUACAAGCAUUCUUUUAGGAAACAUUACAGAUGUUCUCACUGUGGAACCAGAAGAAGAACUAGAGUUUUCUGAAACAGGUUGGAAACCACUACUCUACCCCAAGAAAACAGAAUCUAUUUUAUCAAGAGCUAAAUCUGAAGCUUGUUCCAGUAAAAAUGAUCUUUUUUUCUUUUCAGUAAUUGCAAAAAAAGCCUGGAUGCCAUUCUGUAUGUUAAAAAUUGGUAUAGUAUAAUAUACCUUCCUCAAUUCUUGAUUGUAAAAUGGGACCACCUUAAACAUUCUAUCAUUAUGAAGGCAUAACUAUUCUAGUUCUUUUAAAAGCUUCAUAAUCUCAUACUUGUUCAGUAAUAUGUAUAGAUUCAAGAAGCCCACAUAGUAUUAUUCAGAUCUUCUGCAGAUAAUAAGCACAGAUAGCAUAGGGUCCAGUAAACAUCAGUUUGAACCAUAAUCUUAUAACAUUCUCAGAGCAGUGAAAAUACAUUUUUGCGGAAACAAAAAGAGGCACGCUGAGAUGGUGCCCAUCUCUGCGCCUUAACUUGAACUAAGAGCCUCUUCCUAUUAGCUGCCACUCCUUAAUCAGUCUCAGUCACCAAGAUGCUUCAAGCUUUAGAGCAUAAAUGAAUCACACCCAGGCACUUUCAAAGCAAGCAUAUAAAAGAACAUAAGGAGAGUCUCUGGCUCACACCAGGAACCUAGCUAGUCCACCAUUAUGAUGUCAGUGACUAUCAUGUUGGCCAUAAGAAGCACGUAAAACAUGAAUGAAACAACAGCCUCCUCCAUUAUAACAGAGAAAUAUUAUUUGCAGUGGCACUAUAAGAAUGCUGAUCCCAUAAACAGAACAAGCUAUCAUAAAAACAUGGAAGGAAUGCUGUAAUUUCUUUUUUUAAAUGGUAUUUCCUUUUAAGUAGGAGAAUUUGCUGUUACAUUUGAUAGAGCAACACCAAGAUAGUGCUUCUGUUGAUCUACAUCAGUAGACAUCUGCCCCAAAUACAAGGGCCAAACAGACAAGCCAAAUUAAAGCUGCUUCGGGUCACUUUGGAGGUAUGCUGUUUAAAUGACACAUG